GUCCAAAGACUUUUGUAAUACUAUUAUUGUAUCAACUCAACUGGUGUGAUCUAAACUUAAUGUCAUCAACAUUCAACACUAGUGUCGGUUCACUAGUGAUAAAUAUAAAGCUGCAAGAGCACCAGAUUCUCUGCCAAAGCCAGCAAGAAUGGCUAAAGUGGCUACAAUAUUACCACCUUCACGGCUCUCACUUGUGCUUCUUGCAAGACUCUCAGCUCUACUAGUUGCUCUUCUUGCACUCACUUGGGGUUUUUAUUUUCAGACUAGCUUUCUUCAUCAUCACCGCCCUUCUUCUCAGCAAGACCUCAUCUAUGCUGUGCUUCAUCCUUUACUUAUGGUUAUUGGUUUUAUUGUCAUCAGUGGAGAAGCAAUUUUAGUGCAUAGAUGGCUGCCGGGUUCAAGGAAUUUGAAGAAAACAGUGCAUUUGUGUCUCCAAGGGGUGGCUUUGGCUUCUGGAAUCUUUGGGAUUUGGACGAGAUUUCGAGGGGAAAAGGGAGUUGUGGCUAAUUUCUAUAGUUUGCAUUCAUGGAUGGGUAUACUCUGCAUUUCAUUGUUCGGAGCUCAGUGGGUAAUCGGGUUUUUGAGCUUUUGGCACAAAGUUGAAAUGCGGACAAUAAGAGCACGUGUAUUGCCUUGGCACGUCUUCCUUGGUCUCUACACGUAUGGUCUGGCAGUAGCAACCGCUGAGACAGGGCUUCUUGAGAAGCUGACCUUUUUGCAAGCAAAUGGACGUGUAAUGAAGCGUUGCACUGAGUCCACAGUUGUUAACUGUUUAGGAAUUGGUUUGGUUCUUCUUAGCGGUGUUGUGAUCUUAGCAGCAGUUUCUCCAAAGCAGCGCAAUCUGCAGAUUGCUUAUUCAAAUGGCAAGUGUUUGACUUCUUAACUCGAAUGCUUGACCAGCAUUGCAUUAUUUUGUUGUCGAGAUGUACCAGAAAAAUGCGCCAAAGUAGAAUUUCAAGUAAUAGUACGAAGAGUCGAAAGUAACAUCCUUGCUGUUACAGUUUACAUUGAGCUAGUCAUGUAUAUAUAAAUUUCUUUCAAAUGUAUAUUAUCAGUAUAGGAAUCCUCAA